AUGGCAGUAAAAAGUAAAAAAAUCCUCACCGCCCGCCAAUACAAAAGUAUUGUCAAAUUCAUUGAAUGAAUCAGAUUUGCGAACGAGCAGGAACAUAAUAUACAUUAGUAUUCGUCUACAGGCCCUUACAUUAUUUCUGUCCAGCUGUGUUUACCUCAAAACUGAUUCGAGAGCAGAUAUGUAUGUGUGCUUUUAUGGUUGUUGGAUAGGUUAAAAUAUUAUCUUUUAUACAAUGCCACUUAUUAUUAUAACCGGAAUUCCGUGCAGUGGAAAAACAACACGAUCUAUCGAAUUGAAGGAAUAUUUUGAAAAUAAAGUAGGAAAAAAAGUAGAAGUUAUUCAUGAGCUUGAUUUUGUGUCUAAAGCAGGCUUUGACAGAAAUUCAUUUUAUGCUGAUUCUAAAAAAGAAAAAGGUGUUAGAAGUGAUAUAAAGUCAGCAGCACAACGAAUGUUAAAUGUAACUGACGUAUUAAUAAUCGACGGUAGCAAUUAUAUUAAAGGUUAUCGUUAUGAAAUUUAUUGUAUGACAAAAUCGUAUAAAACUCCUCAGUGUACAAUAUAUUGUGAUAUACCUGUUGAACAUGCUUGGUUGUGGAAUGAAAAACGACCAGAAAGUGAACGAUAUAAUAGAGAAAUUUUUGAUGCAUUAGUAAUGAGAUAUGAAGCUCCAGAUAGUAAAAAUCGGUGGGAUAUACCAUUAUAUUCCUUGUUACCAGAAGAUGUAUUAAAUUUUGAUGAAAUUUAUAAAUCACUAUACGAAACAAAGGCACCAAAACCAAAUCUAAGUACUCAAUGUCCGCCCUUGUCAUCAACAAAUUAUUUAUAUGAUUUGGAUACAGUAACUCAAGAAGUUGUUAAUGAAAUACUGUCGGCCAAACAAUUGGGUAUUGAAAGUGAUUUCAAAAUUCCAAAGUAUAAUUUAAUAAUGCAAAACCCAUGUACUGUGGCACAGCUUAUGAGGUUACGAAGACAAUUUUUAACUUACAGCAAAAUGCAACAAAUUGAAGUUAAUCAAAUUGCAACAUUAUUUGUACAAUAUCUUAAUAAAAGUUUGUAAACAAAAA